CGGAAGGGGCGGUCCAGAAUGCUCCGUAUGGACAAGCUGGAAUCGCUGCAAUUCCGUGGAUGUUUAUUGCGAUGCUGGGUGCACAAGGGCUCCGUCGGUCUGCCGAGGUUUCCAUUUUGAACGCCAACUACCUGAAGGAGAAGCUCGCGGCGCACUACCAGAUUGCGAAGAGCAACAAAAAUGACCGCUGCUCGCACGAGUUUAUCCUGGACGUGGGGGACUUGAAAAAGAAGACGGGCAUAACGGAGGAAGACAUUGCGAAGCGCCUGCAAGAUUACGGUUACCACGCGCCGACCAUGAGCUGGCCGAAGCCGCACUCCCUGAUGAUCGAGCCCACGGAAAGCGAGGACCAGAGGGAGCUGGAUCGGUUUCUGGAAGCGCUGAUCCAGAUCCGAGAGGAGAUUCGCAAAGUCGAGUCCGGUGAUUGGAGCAUUGAGGACAACCCCUUGAAGAACGCGCCGCACCCGCAGAGCCGAGUUUGCGCCUCCGAAUGGCACCACGGCUACACGCGAGAAACAGCGGCUUUCCCACUUCCCUACAUCGCAGAGAGGGGAAAAAUUUGGCCGGCCUGUGGCCGGGUCUCAAACUCCUAUGGAGAUAAGAAUAUCAAGGUUACGCAUACACAAUGA